UGUUACCUGUCUGUCAAGUAUUUGGUUGAUUUGCGUACAAACUUUGUUUCGCUUUCGUUUUGUUCCAAUAAUGCUUUUAUCAUAAUAUAUACCCAUUUCAUUUCUACUCAACUUAUUGUUUGUUGUUAUUGUUCAAUGGUGCGAAACUUUUAGAUACAUAAAUGUGAACAUUGUGUAUGAUUCAUGAUUCAUGAUUUAGAUUUAUUUAUUAUGUUUCUUAGCUCUUACACUUCUUUCUAAUGUAUCAAAACACUAUUCGAGUGUGUUAAAAAUAGAGCAAAAAUAUUUUCCCGCGUACGUUUUCAUAUCUUUAGUGUGGAUCUUUUAUUCAGUUAUUCGGUUGAUUUUGUUCGUAAAACGUGUCAAUAUAUUUUUAUUUUUUGGUCUUAUUUGAUUGAAUAAAAAAAACGUGAAGAAAUGGCAAACGCAGUUGUUAAAGUUGUUGAAAGGUGUACAAAUGCAGAAGAAAAUGAACAUUUAGAUCUCUCUGAAUGUGAACUAAUGCAAGUGCCAGAAGCUGUUUAUCAUCUCAUGAGAAAUACAUCAUUAAAAACUUGCAACUUGAGUGGAAAUGUUAUAAAGAAGAUAUCACCAAAAUUUGCUGUUAAGUUCAAUCUCAUCACAGACCUCAAUUUAUCACAUAACCAAAUGGCCAAGCUUCCUGAUGAACUGGCAGAAUUGGCAUCGUUGGCCCGCCUUAAUAUAUCACACAACACUUUUAUUGUUUUACCACCAGUUGUGUUCAAAAUACCAAAUUUGCGUGAAUUAGAUGCAAGUCACAAUGCAAUCAUAGAAAUCGAUACAGACCAAAUGAUAACAAGUAACAAUUUGGAACUUGUUGACCUGCGACACAAUCCACUUGGUAGAAGUAGCCACAGAAAAUUAAAAAAUGCCAAAACUCCUUUCCGGCUGGAAAUCUCCGAGUACAACGAAGAUGAAGACUGGUAGAAACUUUCAAUCAAAACAAAAAAAAAGAUGCUUUAACAAAAAAAAAACUCUUCUGAAAGAUUUUUUAGAAUUUUACGAACUGUUGUUUUUCUCUACAUAAGUGAUUUUUAUACAAAGUACUUAAUUUAGUAAAUAAGUUUUAGAAGUUAAGUAAAUGUGAUUUUGAGAUUAGAUUAGAUUCGGUGCGUCUAUGUUUAGUAUCAAAAAAAGAAAAAGAAAAAGUUUUUCAAAAACCCAAAGAUACUUUAUUCUAUAAUUUUUAUUUUGAAACGGCAUUUGCCCGCAUACCGUUUUUAUAUUUUUUCGUUUUAUUUAGUUUAUCGUUUUCUGUGAUUUUGUUUUACCUUUAAAGCUGCUACACACUGUAGAUACCAAAACCAUGGUAAAUUAUGUUAUUUCCAAUGUUUCGAAAGACAAUAUUUUAGGUAUUCUAAACAACAGUGUGUCAGCGGUAUUAGUUUCUUUUUUUUUAUUAGUUAUUCUUAUUAGCCCCAGUGCUUCCAUAAUACGUUUGAUUAUAUUAAAGAAUUUAAUGAACGAUUUUAUUUUUAACAAAGCACUGAGUCAAUAUCUUGACAUUUUUGUAUUUUAUUAAGUUAACCAAUGUUUAAACUGCCACAUCUGCUUGUAAUUAUAAUAAUAAUAAUAUGCCUGCACCAUUGUAUGAUUUGUAUUUUAUUUUGCAUAUUGUUUUGAUAGAUUACUAUAAAUAUGAUGUAGGUACUUUAAAAACGAAUCUACCAUUUGAUAGCUAUUUAAUAAAGAACUAACUAACUUUUAAGAAAUAUAAUAUAUUAUACAUACAUUAUAAAUUUAUAAAAUAAAAAGAACUAAUUUUGGCAUGGUAUCAUGCAAAGAAAA